AUGGCUUUCUCAUCACGAUUUUUUCCUUUGUCAGGCUCUAAUUCAUCAUCUUCUUCAUCAUCCUCUUCAUCAGAUAACGUUAUUGACUCGAUAAUUAAACGUAAUCAAGAUGCCUUUCGUGAGAUUUUGAAUUCAAUGAACCCAAAGAUAGUAGAGCAAGUUUUUAAACCGCUUAAGAGGCGGUACAUUCAUCGUGAUCGAGAGCGAAGCCACCCUCAAUUAAUGAAAGACUACUUUGAUGAGAAUUGCACAUAUCCACCGGAGUACUUUCACAGACGAUUCAGGAUGCGACGAGAACUAUUUCUUCAUAUCCUGAAUGAUGUUAACGCUUAUGACAACUACUUCAUCCAAAAAAGGGAUACAACAGGUCGUUUGGGGUUGUCUUCUAUACAAAAGAUGACAACUGCAAUACGUAUACUAGCAUAUGGUUGUGCAGCCGAUCAUUGUGACGAGUAUAUUAAAAUCGGCGAGAGCACUGCCAUUGAAACCCUAAUGACAUUUUGUAAGGCUGUUAUUGGUGUGUAUACGGAAGAGUACAUACGCCCACCCAACAAAGCUGACAUAGCAUGA